AUGGCGAGGUCGCAUUCUUCAUCCGAUAGUGAGAUCGCACCUUUAGUUCGCUCCAGUACUCGUUUGACUCGUCUUUCUAGUAACGAAGCUUCGUCAUCUCGCCCCGUUCAGGCCUCUAUUUCCGUGCUGACCGAAAUUCCGAUCCGAGAUGGUAGGAACAACGCCACCGCCGCUGCUGAGACCGGCCAAUCUUCUAAUCAUGUUCGUCUAGAGGGCGAGGAUCGUUUUGCUGCCCCGGGAGUUUACUUGAACGACAUCCAGCCUACUCUUGACCACAGAGGUCGGAUCGGUGGAAUUCCGACCUCGAGUACUAUUAAGAGCGUCAACGAGAUGCUCCGCGUCUGUGGUUUGGGAAGAUCCGGGGUCAGUAUCUUGAUUCCGCAUAAGACCCAACGUCCGUGGACUCCUCCAAAGGGAUACAUCUGCUUGUACGAGAUGUACUUCACUCGUUGCCGCCUGUGGUUUCCUCUUCCCGAGCUCUUAUCUCAAUACGCUCAUCACCGUAAGCUGGCUAUCUCUCAGCUCGCUCCUGCCAGUAUCUGUAAUAUUGUCGGGAUAUUGACUCUGGCGUCUGAAGUUGGCACGAGGGUUCCCGUUGCGUGCUUCGAGGAGAUGACGGUACUGAAGAAAUCCAAGGUCACCGGCAAUUUUACCGUGACUAUGAGGGAAAAACUGAACGUUAUCCCCGGAACCCGAGUCAGCAAUUUCAAAGGCUGGGAGAAACGCUUCUUUUACGUCCGAGCUGACUACCUCUUAGUCGAGAAUCAUUUUGUCGGGUUACGCCGGCGGUGGAAUAGCGAUCUGGAUCGCUUUCGAGGUUUUUCCACAUUUCCCCCGGAGUAUUCCAGCAUUGUGAAGAGCCUGUUUAUCAAAGAGAAUCGAUGGGGAGGAUUCCGAGGACGUACCCAAACUUUGUCAGAAGAGUUGGCCAAGUCAUCCGGCACCUCGGUAACCGGCCUCCAGGAGCGGGAUACGGAGCUCGCAGCUCCAACUACGACGGCCACAGAGGUCGCCCUCGUUGAAUCACCGACCAAAGGAGAGGUCGCCCCUACAGGACCUGCGAUUGUAGACCUGGAAGGGAGCGGAAGUGACGGGGUUGAGGUCCCCGUACAAGAGUUUGCGGCAUCCGAAGGAGAUGCAGCUGGGAGAAAGAACAAGAAAAAGAAAGUCAACAAAGGUAAAGGCGUAGCUCUUGAUUCUGGCAACCAAGGCAGUCGUAAGAGGUCGGCCGAAGAAGCCGGUCUGGAGGACGGCGACUUAUUCCGAGUAACUCGGAAGGAUCCGAAGACGAACAAAUUUUGCUUCGACUACUUUGGAGAGAGCUUCGUCGCCGGUGACCACUAUGCAUCAGCGGAAUUAUGCCGAAAUCUGAAAUUUUCUUCGGAGGACUAUCUAAACUACGCCCGAUCUUCUCUGCAGUCGAUCGCCUACGGUAAUGCUCUUUUCUUCAAGUAUGAGAAGAGGAUGAAGUCGCACUCGAAUACGAGUCAUGCCUUCUUGAUGAUGGAGAAGUGCGCCAAAGAGGCUCAAGAUAAAGUGGCAAUGCUGCGGAAGAAUGUAGAAGGCUUGGAAGAGCAAUCCAAGGUUCGCGAGGGGGUCCUCGCUUCUUUGGAGGACACAAUAGCCGAUCUGCGGGCCAAGAACGCAGCCCUCGAGGCCGAGAAGGCCGUGGUCGAGCGCACGAGGAAAAAGCCCCAGGAUCGCCUAGAUCGGGUGAAGGCAUUUUUAGCUGAGCAAGAGGUCGCCGUUCGCCCGAAGGAAGACCUGCUGAACCAGGCUCUUGGGGUUGAGGCCACGAUCUACAGGCUUGUCAAAGAGUGCCAUGCUCAAAUCCCCGAGGAGGAGAUCGCCAAGAUUAAGGCGAAGAAGGUCGAGUGUAAAGAGGUUGCAGACGCGCUCGAUUAUCUUGUCCUGGAGCCCACUAACCUGAACAUGUCUCCGGACCAGCUUGGUUACGGUCUUCUUCGGCCUGAAGAUCCUGCUCCAAGAUCCAUCCGAGACCCGCAUGGAUCGAAUGCGGCAUCCUUCCAAGCCGACCUCCGAGCUCCUGAUGGCAGUGUCGACCCUCCUUCCGAUCCGGGCAAUCCUGAAGAUGACGUAGAUGUAACGCCCCCGGACCGUUUCCAAGGUCGGACGAGCCGAGAGACGACCCGGACGCGUUAUUGA